ACUACUGCAGUGUAGUGUCCGCCACAGGUUAUUCACACAAACACUCAAUGUGUUUCAUUAUUUCAUCACUGUCCCUUUAGUUACUUUGGCUUUUUUCUUUGAAACUAAACUGUGACUGUGUCUAAAUUGUACCUGGACAGAGGACACAGCGGGAAACAGGAUGUCCCUCGUUGUCUCUGAAUAGGACGCGGGUGCUGAGCCUUUUCUUUGUGGAGGACAGGCCGGAGGUUUCUUUGCGGAGGAGAGGACACACGGGCCGGGUACGAUGAUGGCGGGCUGCUGUAUUUCUGCAGAGGAGCGGGAGAACCAGAGAAUCAACGAGGAGAUCGAGAGACAACUGCGGAAAGACAAGAGGGACUCCCGUCGUGAGCUCAAGCUGCUGCUGCUGGGCACUGGAGAGAGUGGGAAGAGCACCUUCAUCAAACAGAUGCGUAUCAUCCACGGAGGAGGCUACACGGACGAGGACAAACGCAGCUACGCUAAACUGGUGUUUCAGAACAUCUACACGUCGAUGCAGGCCAUGAUCAGGGCCAUGGAGGCGCUGAGCAUCGCCUUCGCUGACCCGCAGAACCAGGAUAAGGCGGGGUCUGUGCUGGAGGUGGAGGUGGAUAAGGUGGAGGAGUUGGAUCCGACUCAUGCAGUUUCCAUAAAGAGCCUGUGGGAGGACGCUGGGAUCCAGGAGUGUUACGAGCGUCGCAGAGAGUACCAGCUCUCAGACUCCACCAAAUAUUACCUGAGUGAGCUGGACCGGAUCUCACAGCCGUCGUAUCUGCCUGAUCUCCAGGACAUCCUGAGGGUCCGAGUGCCCACCACCGGAAUCAUCGAGUACCCCUUCGACAUGGAGAACGUCAUCUUCAGGAUGGUGGACGUGGGAGGUCAGAGGUCAGAGAGGAGGAAGUGGAUCCACUGCUUUGAGAACGUCACCUCCAUCAUCUUCCUGGUGGCUCUGAGCGAGUACGACCAGGUGUUGGCCGAGUGUGACAAUGAGAACCGCAUGGAGGAGAGCAAAGCGCUGUUCAAAACCAUCAUCAACUACCCCUGGUUCCAGCGCUCGUCUGUCAUCCUCUUCCUCAACAAGACGGACAUCCUGCAGGAGAAGAUCAUGUACUCGCACAUCGCCACGUACUUCCCCGAGUUCACAGGUCCACAGCAGGACAUCAAAUCCGCCCAAGAGUUCAUCCUGAAAAUGUACCAAGAACAAAACCCCGACAAAGAGAAGACGCUGUACCACCACUUCACCUGCGCCACCGACACCGAGAACAUCCGCUUCGUCUUUGUGGCCGUCAAAGACACCAUCCUGCGCCACAACCUCAAGGAGUUCAACCUGGUGUAAGGGUCAGAGGUCAGACCGGGUUUAGGCCUGGUUCAACCCGGCCCAUCGGGAUGAUCAUUAUAUAACACAGAGAAGCACUCGUAACCGUGGGCUUCUGUUUACACAAAAUAGCCACGUUUCUUUCUUUCUUUCGUGUCUUUCGCUCCGUCAGCUCGUGCGAGUGAACAUCCAAAAUGGACUCUGUAAAUGUUUUUGUUUCUAAUGUGGAAAAACAAAAUGUACCAAGACCUUCAGACCUGGAUCAGUUUUUCAAAUAUAAGUUAAAAAAUGUGGAAUUUCGGCCGUUUUUACACUAAGUGCCUUAUAUUUAUCUGAAAAUGUCACAUGAUGAAAAUGUUGUAUUUUUUUAAGCAGCGUUUCACUUUUACACUGACUCAGACUGGAGUUUUAUUUUACUUUAACUUUUAAAAAUCUUAUUUUUAUGAGUUUUAAACAGUUGAGACACUGGUUCUGUAGAGCUGAAAUAAUCAGGUCAUAAUCAGGACUCUUAUUGUGAAAAUCAGGACUCUUAUUGUGAAAAUCAGGACUCUUAUUGUGAAAAUCAGGACUCUUAUUGUGAAAAUCAGGACUCUUAUUGUGAAAAUUGGGACUUUUAUUGUAAAAAUCUGGACUCUUAUUGUAAAAAUCUGGACUCUUAUUGUGAAAAUCGAGGCUCUUAUUGUGAAAAUCGGGACUUUUAUUGUGAAAAUCGGGAAUCUUAUUGUGAAAAUCGGGGCUCUUAUUGUGAAAAUCUGGACUUUUAUUGUGAAAAUCAGGAAUCUUAUUGUGAAAAUCGAGGCUCUUAUUGUGAAAAUCUGGACUUUUAUUGUGAAAAUCAGGACUCUUAUUGUGAAAAUCUGGACUCUUAUUGUGAAAAUUGGGACUUUUAUUGUAAAAAUCUGGACUCUUAUUGUGAAAAUCGAGGCUCUUAUUGUGAAAAUCGAGGCUCUUAUUGUGAAAAUCGGGACUUUUAUUGUGAAAAUCGGGAAUCUUAUUGUGAAAAUCGGGGCUCUUAUUGUGAAAAUCUGGACUUUUAUUGUGAAAAUCAGGAAUCUUAUUGUGAAAAUCGAGGCUCUUAUUGUGAAAAUCUGGACUUUUAUUGUGAAAAUCAGGAAUCUUAUUGUGAAAAUCGGGGCUCUUAUUGUGAAAAUCUGGACUUUUAUUGUGAAAAUCAGGAAUCUUAUUGUGAAAAUCGAGGCUCUUAUUGUGAAAAUCUGGACUUUUAUUGUGAAAAUCAGGAAUCUUAUUGUGAAAAUCGGGGCUCUUAUUGUGAAAAUCUGGACUUUUAUUGUGAAAAUCUGCUUCAGUGUCAGACUGUAUCACAGCUCAGGCAGGAGGAGGAAACACAAAAACAAGGCUCCAAAAUGUUUUUAUUCAGGGCCAAAUGUCGAUUAAAGGUGCACUAUGUAACUUUUCUGGGGGGUCAGACACCUGCUUGUCUGCUUUGAUUUAAAAUUUCCACAGUAUGGCAUUAAACAAAUCCAUCUUCCAUUUAUGCCAUGAUCAUUGAGGAUUCUAACGCAAACGUAUUACUCUCACAUAACCGCGCAGGUAGUUCCGGCAGCACUUAAUCACUGUUCUGUAUCACUACGCUGAGCAUCGCCAUAGCAACGAGUAAACAAAUAAAAUACUGUCAGGACGGACGAGCCUGAAACAGAAACGACGAAAGCUUUGAACGCGCGUGAACAAAAGUAAAAAUAACACAGAUCUGACCCGUUUAAUGCCAUACUGUUGAACAUUCCAGGAAAAGCAUCAACAUCUCCAUGGAGACAAGCAUGCAGCAGACACGGCAACAGAAAUGGUACACAGGGCGGCUUUAAUACAUUAUAUUUCAGUUUUGUUUCCAGUUUUGUCUUUGUUUUAUUCCAAGUUUUUAAUGGAGUGUGUAAACGUGAGGGCCUCAGUAACCCACCAGGGGGCCUCAUUUUGACCCCAGGCCCGAGUUUAGACCUGGACCUAAGGGUAAAGAACAUGUUCCUGGCACCAUUGUCUCCAUAUGGUUCUCAUAGUACCUUUUGUUUUUCACGCGCUAAAAUAAAACGCCUUUUAUGUGUCUCAGCUGAAUAUGAAACAUUUUGGGAACUUUUUUCGAUUCAAAUUAUGUGAUAUUUAAUUUUUUUUAUUGUUAAUCACUACGGCAACGGUCCUGAUUUUCUCAUCGUGAAACCCAUUUAGCAAAUUAAAUGCUCAGUCUGAUUUUUGUUCACUAAUCGCUGCUUUGACAAUCGUGACGGGCGUUUUCCUGAACUAGAAAAAUCAAACUCAGACAAGUUUAAACGUGUGAAUGUUUUUAAUGAUUAAGUUUGACGUUUGUAGAUUUGUGACUUUUAUGUUUUUAGUCUGUUUGAACAUCUUCUGUGUAGUUACUGUAAAUAUUGUUCUCUAAAACAAAUCAGAACUAUUUAUACCAAAAUAUAUUUAACUUUUGUCAGAUUUAUGUGUGAAAAUAAACAAUAUGACAC